UACCCAAAAAAAGGCAUGGAGAGGCAUUUCAGAGCCUUUGCUGACCUCACCAUGCCGGUCGCGGCCACCAACUCUGAGUCUGCCAUGCAGCAAGUCCUGGACAACUUGGGGUCCCUCCCCAAUGCCACGGGGGCUGCGGAACUAGACCUGAUCUUCCUUCGCGGCAUUAUGGAAAGUCCCAUAGUAAGAUCCCUGGCCAAGGCCCACGAGCGGCUGGAGGAGACGAAGCUGGAGGCCGUCCGGGACAACAACCUGGAGCUGGUGCAGGAGAUCCUGCGGGACCUGGCGCAGCUGGCUGAGCAGAGCAGCACGGCCGCCGAGCUGGCCCGCAUCCUCCAGGAGCCCCACUUCCAGUCCCUCCUGGAGACGCAUGACUCCGUGGCCUCGAAGACCUAUGAGACGCCGCCCCCCAGCCCUGGCCUGGACCCCACGUUCAGCAACCAGCCUGUGCCUCCCGACGCGGUGCGCAUGGUGGGCAUCCGGAAGACAGCUGGAGAGCAUCUGGGAGUGACAUUCCGCGUGGAGGGCGGGGAGCUGGUGAUCGCUCGCAUCCUGCACGGGGGCAUGGUGGCCCAGCAAGGCCUGCUGCAUGUGGGCGACAUCAUCAAGGAGGUGAACGGGCAGCCUGUGGGCAGCGACCCCCGCGCGCUGCAGGAGCUCCUGCGCAGCGCCAGCGGCAGCGUCAUCCUCAAGAUCCUGCCCAGUUACCAGGAGCCUCACCUGCCCCGCCAGGUGUUUGUGAAAUGCCACUUUGACUACGACCCUGCCCGAGACAGCCUCAUCCCGUGCAAGGAGGCUGGUCUGCGCUUCAGCGCCGGCGACUUGCUCCAGAUCGUGAACCAGGAUGACGCUAACUGGUGGCAGGCCUGCCAUGUAGAAGGCGGCAGUGCCGGGCUCAUCCCCAGCCAGCUGCUGGAAGAGAAGCGGAAAGCCUUCGUGAAGCGCGACCUGGAGUUGACACCCACCUCAGGGACCCUCUGUGGCAGCCUUUCAGGAAAGAAAAAGAAGCGAAUGAUGUAUCUCACCACCAAGAAUGCAGAGUUUGACCGCCACGAGCUGCUCAUUUAUGAGGAGGUAGCCCGCAUGCCCCCCUUCCGCCGGAAAACCCUGGUGCUGAUCGGGGCGCAGGGUGUGGGCCGGCGCAGCCUGAAGAACAAGCUCAUCAUGUGGGACCCGGAUCGCUACGGCACCACAGUGCCCUACACAUCUCGAAGGCCCAAGGACUCGGAGCGGGAAGGCCAGGGCUACAGCUUUGUGUCUCGCGCGGAGAUGGAGGCCGACAUCCGCGCGGGGCGCUACCUGGAGCACGGAGAGUAUGAGGGCAACCUGUACGGCACACGUAUCGACUCCAUUCGGGGUGUGGUCGCGGCCGGCAAGGUGUGCGUGCUGGAUGUCAACCCCCAGGCGGUGAAGGUGCUGAGGACAGCUGAGUUCGUCCCGUAUGUCGUGUUCAUUGAGGCCCCCGACUUUGAGACUCUGCGGGCCAUGAACCGGGCUGCGUUGGAGAGUGGGGUGUCCACCAAGCAGCUCACGGAGGCAGACCUGAGGCGGACAGUGGAGGAGAGCAGUCGCAUCCAGCGGGGCUACGAGCACUACUUUGACCUCAGCCUGGUCAACAGCAACCUGGAGAGAACCUUCCGCGAGCUCCAGGCGGCCAUGGAGAAGCUGCGGACGGAGCCCCAGUGGGUGCCCGUCAGCUGGGUGUAUUGAGCCUGUUUGCCCGGACCUUGCUCCUUCUAGGCUGUGACCCAGAACCCUGAUCUCUCCCUUUGCCCCUCCGUGACCCCCAGCUACCACCCUCGGCCCUACCCCUGGCUCUCCCUGAAUAAUGGCGCCUCGCGGGCCCUAAGUCUGGUUCAGUGCAGAGGCGUGCACUGCCAGGGGGGUGGGUGUUCAUGGGGCACCUGUGUGCCCAGGUGCUGCCCACUCCCGAUGCCCAUUGGCCACUAGAUGUCCCUCUCUGAGAGCUCAGCUGUGCCCGGGAGGGUGUCAGAGUCACCUCCAUAAAACUCAGUCCAGAGAAGGAGAAACCUGCCGCAGCCGAGCAGUGAGUGGGCACAGCGGCCCCCCCCCCCCCCCCUUCUGCUCUGGACUGGCCACCCCCACCCACCCCCCCGCCGCCCCGCCUCUCCUCGCUCUGCCGGGGCAGGCUUCAGGCUGUUUCCCUGUGGCGGUGGGUGGCACGUGGCCCCUGUGGCCCAGCGAGGAGCCAAGGCUGAGCCAGUGGUCACUGUCGGGGGGCAGAGCAGCCCUCAGCUUCCUUGGAGCGGAGCUGGGUCUCACGAGUGGACGCUGCCUUGUCCCUCCCUCUCCACAGCUUCUCACUGCCGAAGUCUCCCCACAGACUUCCCGGAUGUGCCCUGACAGGUCAGCUCGCUUCCCUCGGGCCAGGCUGCCUGGCUCAGCCGGUCCGCGGCCAGGCCAGGCCAGGUGGUUGGAGGUUGAGCCCGCGACGAGGAGCCCGCGGCCUGACCCACGAGCCCAGGGACGUGCCUGGGCUCCCUGUCUGUGGCCGAUGUCGCUUGGGUCGCUCUCAGAGCAAGCCCAGGGGACCCGUCACAGGGCUGCCCGGCGUGCGAAGGAGGGUGCAGAGGCACCGUGUGAGGCAGGUCCAGGAGCCUGGGCUGGAGAAGGCGCCUGCGCCCUAGCGGCCUCCGGGGGGCGCCACCCGCGUCGUCGCCUGUGGUCGUGUUUCCGACCAGUAGCGCCUGGGCCGUGUUUCUGCCUCGUGUUGGCGUUGGUUUUGGAGAGGGGAAGCAAAGGAUUGUUUGUUUUGGAGGUCACUCUUUAGGGCCCUUUGGGGUUCCCUUUGAGCUCUCACUUCCUAGCAAACCCUUACUCUAGAUUCUAGAGCCUUGGCCCUCCCCAGAUGCCUUCCUCCAGCUUUCCUGUUGUCCCCCACCCUAAACCCACCUCCUGUCCUUGGGGAGGGCAAUUGUGUAAAAUAGCAGAGUCCCUUUUCAGAGAGAAUACUGUCCGAGACUUCCCCAGGCAUCUCACCCCUCCUCCUUCUCUGUGACCCUUCAGGGGUAAGCCUGUCCUUGCUGGGAACGCCCCAAUGCCCUUACCCCCAACCCAUGUGCUUUCCAGUACCCCUGAGCGUCCCUCCCGUCCGCCCUUGCUGCAGUGUCAGCCCAAGCUGGCCCUUGAACCACUGUGUGCCCAUUUCCUGGGGAAGGGGAGGGAGAAGAAACAGAAUAUUUAUUACAAAGUUAGAAAUAUAUUUAUUCUAUUAGGAAUCUCAUUUGCAUUUGUGUGGGAUAUGCAAAUGAGAUACAAAGGCCAAACCUCCCAUCUCAUUUGCAUAGCUCUUAUCCACUAUGCACCCAUCUUUAUACGCCUCUUUCCCCCCUUUAGUUGCUGUUCUUAUUCCUCGGUUCAGCUCUCCCAUCCCUCAUCCUCACCCUCAGCCUAAAAGCACUGGGAAUGGGAGGAGAAUGGGGUUCUCCAGGCGGUGACCACAGGGGCCUUUGCUAGUUCCCACCCCACUGGGGAGUUGAAACUAGAGGCUUGGAAGGCUCUGUCGGGGUUUGAUGCUGUUGGCAUGCUGACCUCUGGUGGUGGUGGAGUGGGGUGAGGGAGGCCCCUUUUCUUCCCUCUGUUCCUCUCUCAACAAUGUCCCAUCUCCCGCCUGAGGCCCAGGACUGGGGGCUGGGUUUGCCGCUCAGCUCCCUCUCCUCUCACUGUGGAUGCUUGUAUUUGAGGGGGUCUCUUUCCCCCAUUUCCUCACAGUCCCACCCCAGCUCCCUUCCCUGCUCCCCUCCCUCAACCAUCCCGUUCCUGAGCUUUCUCUCCACCUGGUUUUCUUUCUUUUCCUUUGAUUAAAUGUGAAAGCAAGGCUUGUGGGCUGUUUGUCU